UCUAUGGUUCUAAUCUUCUGCUAUGUCUCCUCUCCUCCCAGUUGCCACAAUGCCACUGGACAACCAAGGCUGGCCGGAGGCGUUUGGGUUCCGGAUCGGAGGGAAAGGACCGAGUUACAUCCUGAGUGUGCAGGAGGGAGGCAGCGCCCACCUGGCCGGGCUGCAGCCGGGGGACCAGGUGCUGGAGAUCGAGGGCGAGGACGUGUCGUGGCUGAGCUGUGAGGUGCUGAGCAGCCUGGCCAGGCGCUGCCACAAUGUGCCCCCCAGUAUCGGGGUGGUGUCCCGCAUCGAGCAGGUGGACCUGCUGCCCACUCUGGAGGGCAAGUUCGGCAUCACCCUGAACGGUGGGAACCCCUUACAGAUAGCUGACUGCGUGCCCGGCUCCCCCGCGGCCGAGGGCGGGCUGCAGAGCGGGGACCUUGUCCUCGAGGUCAACCAGGUCCCGGUCAAGCACUCCGAGGUGGCCGCGGCCAUGAUAAAAGCCAACCACGGCCGCCCGCUGCAACUUGGCGUCCUGUGCUUUGGAAGGUUCCGGAACCAGGACUCAGACAGCAGCGACAUCCGCGAGUACGUCCAGAACACAGAGGCUGUGCAUCAGGAGCGCAAGAGCAAAGCUUUGGAAUUCAGCAGGAAGAUGGACGAGGUGUUGGGGGAGCAGCCGGCGGUCAGGGAGCAGCUGCUGACGGUGCUGAAGCAGUACGCGGGGGAGCGCAGGGUAGAGUACUUGGCCUACGCACUCCCCAUGAUCCUCUGCUCUGAGGAGCAGCGCCAACUCAUACAGGACAUCAGGAUCUUCAUCCCCAAGAAGCAUCGACAGCGGUUUGACGAGGUGGUGUCCCAGAGCCUGAUCAGCAAGGUGUGCAGCAAGACCCGAAUCCAGCACAACAGCCGACUGCGGCGGAGCCGGAGUGAGGACCACCAGGAGCGGCUGUUGGUGUCCACGAGGGCCAGCUCGGCCCCCCAGGCCCCCGACCCCCCGUGCAGCAUCCGCAAAACCGUAUCCAUCCCCAGCGGCAGCAUCCGCUCAGCUCCUCCCCACAGAACGAUACGAGUUUACAAAGGGCACAAAAGUUUCGGGUUCACACUGCGAGGCCAUGGGCCCGUCUGGAUCGAGUCCAUUAUUCCAGGUAGCCCAGCUGAAAAAGCUGGACUGAAACCAGGGGAUCGGAUCCUUUUUCUGAAUGGCCUGGACAUGAGAAACUGCUCCCAUGAGAAGGUUGUUGCCAUGUUACAGGGCAGUGGGGCGAUGCCCACGCUGGUGGUGGAGGAGGGGCUGUUUAACGUGCCUGUCGAGCGGGAGCGAGCGGAGUCGCCGGGUGGCUCCUCUCUGACGUCGCUGCAGUGGGUGGUGGAGAUCCUCCCGGCCAGCAUCAAGUUCCAGGGACGAAGCUUCAGCCAACAGCUCGAGCACCUGCUCACCCCACCCGAGCGCUACACGGUCUGCCGCGCACUCGAGGCCUUCUUCCAGCACAGGAACAUUGACACGCUGAUUGUGGAUGUGUACCCGGUGCUGGACACGCCAGCCAAGCAGGUGAUCUGGCAUUUCAUUUACCAGCUGCUGACGUACGAGGAGCAGGAACUGUGUCACCAGAAGAUUGCUCGCUUCCUGGGCUACAAGACAGCCACUGAACCCGGAGACGCAGAGCCACCGGCUGAGGCCACUCACCGCGAUUCCAUCAGAACCUCAUCGUAUCGCAGCAGUGUCCGGCUCCGGCCAAGCGAAGGUGCUGGAGACGCUGCGGACACGUACCAGCUCCUGGCCCCAGGGGAGCGACAGGCCGGCGACGGCACCUCCCUCCCUGAGACCCCCAACAUCAAAAAGGUAUCUCCAAUCUACGCUGAGAUAGAGACCAGAAGAACCUCAGUCACCAGCUACCCGGGGAAGGGACUGAACCCACCCCUCAGCAGGAGCUCUCCAGUGGCUGAGCCCCCCAACCUCGCAGGGAUGAGGCCGACACCGUUCCUGUGGCAGUCGGAGCCGGUCGCGGUGCCCCCGUGUCCCUGUCACCCUCAGGGCAGCCCCUCUCCCAGCAGCUCGGACUCACACGCCUACGCUAGCCUGGACGGCAGCCCGGACCCCUCGCCCCAAGCCACGGCCCCCGCCAGCCCUCCCACCCGCCGCAGCAAGCUCUUCACCUUCUCGCGGCCUCCCCGCAGCCGCGACACUGACCGCUUCCUGGACGCCCUGAGUGAGCAGCUCGGCCGGAGAAUCACCGUCCUCGACGACUUCAUGAGGCCAGAGAACGACUAUGAGGAGAUGAGCUUCCCGGACGAGUCUGGCCCCUACGCGGCGAGUGAGCCGAGCAGCGGGAGCGAGGGCACGAGCGGUAGCGAGGACGGCAGCUCCCUCACCUACUCCUCUUGCUCGGACCCCAUCCCCCCUCCCCCCCAGAGCCCCCCGCCCCCGCCCCCCAUUCAGUUCCACGACCCCAAACCCGUCACGUUAAUCUCUGACCUGAAGCGAGUUCUACCGCCUCCUCCUCCGCCCCCACUGCCCCCUCCCCCAUCUUACUCCUCCUCCUCCUCGCACCUCCCCCUGCCCCCACCCCCGCCUCCGCCCCCACUGCCUGCUGCCUCCUCCUCCGCCCCCCCGCCGCUGCAUCGUGGCUUCCAUCGCCGCAGCGAGUCCAGCCACAUGAGCGUGAAGCGUCUGCGCUGGGAGCAGGUAGAGAACUCCGAGGGCACCAUUUGGGGUCAGCUCGGUGAGGACAACGACUAUGACAAGCUGAGCGAUAUGGUCAAGUACCUGGACUUGGAGCUUCACUUUGGAACCCAGAAACCCAACAAGACCAUGUUUGCGGCUGAAUCAUUUAAGAAGAAAGACAUGGUGGAAGUGCUUUCUCGGAAAAAGGCCUAUAACACGUCCAUACUGAUCGCCCACCUGAAGCUGUCGGCCCCGGAGCUACGGGGGGUGUUGCUGACAAUGCAGAGCGAGCGCCUGGAGCCCUCACACAUCAAACAGCUGCUGCUCUACGCCCCCGACGAGGAUGAGGUCAAGAGGUUCAAACGUUUCUUGGCUGACCCCAGCAAGCUGAGCGAGCCAGACCGCUUUGCCCUGCAGAUGAUGUCAGUGCCGGAGUACAAGACACGUCUGCGCAGUUUGCAUUAUAAGAUCACGCUGCAGGAGAAGGCUGAGGAGAUCCGGGCCGGGCUGCAGUGUAUCCACACGGCCUCCCUCGAGCUUAAAAACGGCAAAAAGCUGGCCAAGAUCCUGGAGUUCGUGCUGGCGAUGGGAAAUUACCUGAACAACGGGCAGCCCAAGAGCUCCAAAACCACUGGUUUCAAGAUCAAUUUCCUGACCGAGUUGGACACUACGAAGACAGUGGAUGGCAAGUCCACUUUCCUGCACAUUUUGGCCAAGUCACUGAGGCAGCAUUUCCCCGAACUCCUCACAUUCGCCAUCGAGAUCCCCACCGUACCCCUUGCAGCCAAAGUGAAUCAGAGAACCAUCACAGCCGACAUCAAUGACAUCCACAGCACGAGGAAGGAGAUCCAGGCGGCGUGCGCGAGUAUGCCCAGCAUAGAGGAGGACCGCUUUGCCGACGUCAUGACUGCCUUCCUGGCCGAGUCGCAGCCGCUGCUGAUGGCGCUGGACUCGCUGCAGCAACGGGCCGUGGAGGAGUUCAGCCGCGUCUCCGCCUUCUUCGGGGAAGAUUCGAAAGCCACGAUGAGCGAAGCUUUCUUUGGCAUCUUCGCUGAAUUCAUGACAAAGUUUGAGCGAGCACGUACUGAGACGGCGGCGUGUGAGACGCAGCGCAGCCCCCGGGUGGCCUCCCCACUCGCCUGGUGAUGCCGAGUGAGGACCUGGCACAGCAGCCACCGGCACCGUGAGUGACACGGCAACUCUGCCCUGAAGCCAACUCGCAGGCUCGUCCCUCUUCUUGUAAUAAAUACGCAACACAUAGGCUUCCCCUCUCCUGCUCUUACUCCCCCUCCUCACCCCCCCCACCCCACCGCCCCACCGACCUGCUCACUUCCUAACAGCUUCUGGCAGCCUGUUACAUGCCCCCCUCCCAUUGCCAGUUUUUUAAACGACUUUCCUGGUGUUGGUUGCUGGUGAAAUGAAUUAACGUGUUUUUUUACCAUGCUCACACACGUGUGUCCCUCUUUACCCCCAUGCAUUGCUUGCUCUGCCUAUACCAAGAUGGUCGCCCUCUCCCCUCACCACCAUUAUGGACGAUAGUUUUACCAAGAUGGCGCCAUAGGAGCCCGCCUGGAGCGCCAGUGGCCUUUUGUAUGUCUGGGAGACAACCCAACAGGGUGACCACAUUCUGUAAAUCAAAUCCGGGGGCACAUACACAAAGCGUUGAACUCCCCGCAAUUGCUGAUGCUGGAUGUAUUAAUGGCUGUGAUUCUCUGACGAGUGUCUCUGUUUUAGAAUGUUAUUCUUGCUCAGUUUGUUGCUGAACUCUUGACAGGGCAAAGAUUGGCCCCAGAGACACAAUACCCUCGGGGAUGCAUGGUUACCCUCCCCUAUCCCCCUCCCAUUCCCCCACCCCUCCCCACCACACAUACACAC